CGUCAAGUGAUUCAUGUGGUUUUCAAGGUGGGCAGGAGCGAGCAAGUGAUGGAGUUCCUCAUAGUCGGAGGUCGUGGACUCCACCACUCAAUGGGGUACCACUCUCCAGCACAAGUGACCAAUCAGGUGCCACCGUCUUUCGACCACUCCAAAAUUUCAAGAGUCGCGCGACAUGCUGCUGCGCAUAAGGGCCUGAUGCACCAGAACGGCACUCGACACUUCCGACCUCGCAACGCCAGCAAGCCCAAAUUAUCGCCCUUGAAGCAUACCACAGUGCCUCAAUGGCCUCUCCAUCGAUAGUGAGACCCGUGCUCGGCCGGGCCAUCACGGCCAGCAGCACCCACAGCAGCUGCCAUGGCCCCGCGACGGCCCUCGGCAUGAGCAGGACGACUGCUGGCCGCCUCGUCCAGCAGCAGCCACGAUCGCACAAGUGCUUCUCUACAACACCCGAGCUCAACGAGCGGCGGACGCGGCGGGACAACAACAAGAAGCGCGGCCUGAGCAGCGUGUACGGCGGCUCGAAGCCCAGCCACCGGAUGCAGAUACAACCAGACGAGCUGCCGCUGCCGGUCCAGGGCUUCAAGCCCAAGGUCAAGACGGACCCGGAUCACGGGCUCUGGGACUUCUUCUACGCCAACAAGCAGCGCCUCAUCAAGCCUGACGAGAUCGCGGCGCACGGCCGGGCGUGGACGGUUGAGGAGCUGCGGCACAAGAGCUGGGAGGACCUGCACCGGCUGUGGUGGACGUGCGUCAAGGAGCGGAACCGCCUCAUGACCAUGGCCGUCGAGUACGAGAAGGCCGAGUACACCGUUGGAAAAGAUGACAUGGAGGAACGGGACGUGCAGGUCAAGAAGACGAUGAAGCACAUCAAGCACGCCCUCACGGAGCGGUACUACCUGUGGGAAGACGCGAGAGCGCUCGCCGAGAGCGACCCGGAGAUCGACCUCAACUCGGCCGCCAACCCGUAUGUCCCGACAGACUACAUGGAGCCGGAGCCGCCAGCUAUUGAGGUCGCGGAAGAGCAGGCCGAGGUCAAGGCGGCUAAGCCGUCAACAAUACCCGCACAGGCUGGUGAGGCGAAGCAGGAGACCCGGGUGUAGGGGGGGGGGGGAGCAGGCACGUUGGCCAUCGUCCAAAUGCUGGCUAUGAACCGCAAUCUGAAGCGGCUAGAUGAUGAGAGCCAAAGCCAAGCUCCAAUUUUGCAGUUGUAUAAACAAAGGCCUGGGGGCUUUGGUGUAGAGGAACGAGUUAUUGUAGGCUCAGAAGGAGUGCCUCAUCAAGCGAUGGCGCUGUAUAAACAUGAAUGUACAACAUGACAUGACCAACUGGAUGCUU